UUUACAGGCGUUAGUACCGCUUUCUCCACUCGUUUCGCAUACUGAAACUACAUUAGCUUUUAGUCAUAAAACCAAUCAAAACAAAAUUACAUACCAAGAAUUCAGCACAAUUUGAGAGUGAGACCUUUUUAAAGGCUUUUAAACACCAGACGUUAAUCCGACUCGAUUUCUAUCCCCCACGGUGAACACCUACAGAUUACAGCCCGCCACCAUAACCUCACAUGUACCCGAGCGGCAAGUCCCGUGGCCCGGGUGUGUCUAAAGAUGUCCCUGCUUACAGCCUGAAUGUAACUGUAUCGAAACAAGAAGGUAAGCACACAGUGCACAGUGGCAACAAGGCCUCUCACACACCUGUGCAGGCAUUUGGCAUUGAGCUCAUGAGCCCAGAGCAGAUUCUUCUGCCCACUGCAGCAGUUACCUCAAGUUACUUCAACUCUGGUGGAACAGUGGACAUGGGGUUUCAACCACACAGAGCCUGGCUUUCUCAUGCAAUGCAUAGUUCAGGGUCUGCCUCCAGCCAAAGCAAUGCAAACCCUGCAGGUGAGGUUGCACCAUUCCUGGAAAUCUUGGCUCCCUGGUUACCCAUCACUUCUUGUUGUCAUGGCGACUAUGCUUCCAGCCCUGAGUGCCUGGACUUGGACAGGCAUGGCCUGGAGGUGUUCCCUCACCUGGAAGGAGGGGAGAAGGUUCGCCAGCUCAACUUACAGUUCAACCUCAUCACCCAGAUUCAGAACCUGUCUCAUUUACAGCGGCUGGUCUUCCUGGAUAUGUCCCAUAACCGCAUCAGUGACAUGUCUGGCAUUUCCUCUCUCUGCUGCCUUCAGGUGCUGCUGCUGGGAAAGAACAGGAUAAAGAAGAUUUCAGGUCUGGAAAACGUAACAAGACUGGAUAUUCUGGACUUACACGGGAAUCAGAUCAGCCAGAUAGAGAACCUAUCUCACUUGUCAGGACUGUGUAUUUUGAACCUGGCUGGGAACUCCAUCUCCAGAGUGGACAACCUGCAGGGCAUGAACUCCCUGACUGAGCUGAACCUUUGCCAGAACUGCAUCUCCUCUGUGACUGAGGUGGACCAGCUGCCCUGCCUACAGCGCCUGUUCCUCAGCUGCAACAGCAUCUCCAGCUUUGAUCAGCUAAGCUGCCUGGGGAAGUCCUUCUCUCUGCUGGAACUCACCCUGGAUGGAAACCCUGUGGCGCGAGAUGCCUGCUACAAGCACACUGUUCUGCGUUGCAUGCUUCGCCUCGGGCAGCUCGACACAAAGCGUGUCACGGAGGAGGAGAGGCGACUGGCUUAUGCUUUGGCCCGAAAAGGUGAAGAGAAGAAGGAGAGCCAUAAGCAGGCUCUUCAAAAGGAGAAACGGCGCCUGGCAAUCCGCAACGCAGCCCGGCAGUGGGAGGACUUCAGGGUCUGCGCAGACCACAUAGAGCACAGUGGAACCAGGGACAUCAGCCCUGAGGAAGACAUCCCUGUCUCACUUGGUAGUCUCCUGCCACAGCACUGUCACAAUAACCAGAGGUAUACAGAGACAGGGAGCGGCAAUGCACAGAACCUGUGCUUGUCGAACAACCAUCUUGCCGAGGUGGAUGGAGGUACUCUGCUCUUGUUUGGUCCAGGGGCCCUUGAGGUCCUGGAGCGAGGCUGGAGCACCUUGACCCCUCUUGCGGUCACCACCAUUUCCUUCCGCUACAUCCACUUCAACAUCAUUGUACCUACAUUUCCCAGCAUCAGGGUAAAAUUCCCCAACUUGACGCACCUGAUCUUCUUCGAGACGGAUAUUAGCCGUCUGCCACAGCUCUCUGCCCUUGCUCAAGUGAGCAGCUUGAAUCAGUUGACUAUCCACCCUGAGGGCAAUCCAGUGGUUGGCAUGGUGCUCUGGCGCCCCUACCUUGUCUACCGGCUCCACCAUUUAAACCUGCAGAAGGUCAAUGACCUGGAGGUGACCAUGGAUGAAGUUGUGUCUGCAAAAAGGAUUUUUGGCUGCCUGGGCCUCGUUGCUGCUAAGGAAACCCCCAACUGCUGCCUACUGCGGUUGCUGGAAGGGCCCAGAUGGAAGCGGUCUAGACACAUUCCUGAAUGGAAGCACCAACUACACUUUCUUCUGGAGGGUCGGACUCGACGGAUAGGACUCAACCUACAGGAGCUGCACAACUCCAGCAAGCUGUUGAGUGAAAGCAUGGGCAGGGCCCUCCUCACCUACCCUAGCUGGGAUGCCAGGCAUGAGAGCCCUGAUGAGGGUGCUGUGGAGUCAGCAGAGAAAGCUGAAAUAGCUCAGCAGUUCCUGUAUGAUCUGGUGCGGAGGACGUCCAACAUUACCGUAAAAGGGGAGACUCUGCACAAACUCUGGCCCUUCCUGUUUGUGGACAUGGUGAGGGACUGUGUGCUGGACAUGAAUGAUAGACCUACGUAUGGCCAGGCCUGCCUCAGCAGGCUCUCCGUGAGCUAGCGGACACAGGGAGCAGCAAUCAUAUGCCCCCCUGCAGGGGUUAUCCAUCCCCCAAACAAAACAGGCCUAUUUAACCCUCAACUACCUCUUCAGCUCCCCACUUUAUAUAUACCACAGGCGU